AUGUUGGGAUUGUUGAGCAGGCGCCGGGUUACCUCUGGAUUCCUACCGUGGUUGAGUACGGUGGUUGUGUGCCCGGGACCGGGGGUGGAUGCGGAGGCGUAUGACGUAUUAGUGGUGCGGAACGACUCGAGUCUGAAGACGAAGUUGCAGAAGUUAUUGAGUUGUGUUCCAGAGACUGCAUUCCGUUCGAGGCUGCAAUAUUACGUAACCAUGUACUUGGACAAACGACUAUCCAAAGCGCAAUUUCAAGCGUGCUGCAGAGCCUACAGCGGCUUGGUCACGAGCGUUCUCGGUCGCACAGAGGCUGCGGCCCGCGGCUGGUUGCUCAGUGCUGAGCGAGGUCUCGCCAAGAUCAAGACCACACACGGUGAACCUUAUGAACUCGCACUCGCGGAACUCGAGGCCUCUAAACAAGACUUGCAACGUGCAAGCUAUGCUAUUACCUCCGUCCGUAUCGUCGUAGGACUCAUGCUCCAAGCCGUCGCUGGACAUGACUUCUCCCCCGUCUCAUCUCACUUGAUUGCAGACCCCUCGAACCAGUCAACCACUGACCUCCCGUUUACGUGUCUUACGGAUGAUGACCCCUUGGGGAGCGGCGUGGUUUUAUACCGCGCCCGUAAGUAUCGGAUGGACGGCAAGGACUAUGGUCUCGAGUUCGCGGAACCGCAGUUGCCGUGCCACGAGGACGCAUUGUUGCGCGCGACAUUUGUGAAGAACUGGUGGCUGGAACGUGUGCAGGAAGCGCUUUACACGGCUGCUCGAGGACUGGAUUCGCCUAGUCUGGGCCUUAGCCCGGAACUGGACGAGCCGGCUCGGUACUGGUACCAGCAAGAGGUGGCCGGCGAGUUCGAGAAACGGGCUGCAAUGGAAAUUCGACGUCUUGAACAGGAGAGGGAGCACGCUGGCUUUUUUCGACGCCUCUUUGACAAGUUGUUUCGCAAGACAUCGAAGUCGACAGAGGAAGGCGGAGCCCUGACCGGAUGCGGGUCGUCGUUCGGGCCACCGGUGAUAGAUGUGUUCCGGCCGCCGGCGGACGUGUUCCGGAAUACAGCAUCGAUGGGUCGUGGGCCACGUGAGGUGUGCGAGUCGGCAUGUGCGUUGGCGGCGAUCGAACGCACACACUUGACACGUAUGCGCGAGUGGCACGCGCACACGGCGUUGCUGCGAGCUAUAGCGCCGCAAACCGCCUUCCACGGACGCCGUGGGGAACGCGUCCCGCGGCAACUGGCCGGUCGCGAGGUGGUCGGGGGCGACUCUGUGCUGGACGGCACGACUCUGUUCAAUCCACGAUUUCUGACCUACACUCCCGGACUCGCCGGCCCAGCAAGACUCGCCCACGUGGACGAGCGAACGCUCCUAGCUCUCGCCGCACAGUGUGCCACAAACCCGCACACUGCCGCGCUCCUCCUCACCCUGCACAACUUCCACCGCUACUACCUCUGCGACGACGUCGACGGCCGCGACUCGCGCGCCUGGACCGAAUUCGGCACCGAAACCGACACGCCCGCCGGCACGCCCGACGGUGCGACGCAUGACCACGACGGUGCGACGCACGACCACGACGGUGCGACGUACGAACACGACGGUGCGACGGACGGCCACGACGGUGCAAUGCACGACCACGACGGUGCGACGCACGACCAGGACGGUGCGGCGCACGGUUACGACGGUGCGACGUACGGCCAGGCGCGCCUGGACAUGGCGUACUUGGACCCCGAGGGCUGCACGGACCACAGCGACUGCAGCAGCGUGCGUGCGCCAGGCUUCUCCGACCCCGGUCUUUCUGACCCCGGCUUUCCCGGACCCGUCCUCCGCAGUCCCGGACUUCCUGGGGUGGACAUGAGUGAGAGCGGUUUGGGUGUGUGUGCAGGUGCGGACUUUCUGCUGACGGCGUUGGAGGGUUGUGUUUCGGAGGUGGCGGAGUGCGUUUCGGCAGCAAGUGCCUCGUUGCGGGCGUUGCCAUCAGCACAGGAGGCGUUUUAUUUGACGGAGCGGCAGUUGAGGCGACGGUUGCGCGUGGUGGGUGCUGCGGGUGUCAAGGCGAAGGGAUCGAAGGCGGCGAGUGGGAGUUUGAAGUGCGAGAUGUUGGCAUGGUUGCGGUGCCGUGAGGGGCUAAGUGGGAGUGCAGCGGCGGCCAAAUUGGCGGCGCGUUUCUGGACGUCGCCAAGCGCAGCUCGCGAGUUGUGCGACGCACGGUCCGACUGGUGCGCACUACGGCGCGCCGUGCGCGUCCUCCACGCGCAGGCGAGACGCAUGGACGCCGCACAGGACCGUGACGCGCACACCACACCCGCCGAACUCUUCCUCUGGCAAAAAGCAGACACAUGCGGUCGUUGGGCCGCGACUGGCGCUCGGUCACGUUUCGCACUCUGCUACAACAGCCUCGUCCAACAAUACUUCCUCGCAUUGAACACAAGACUUGACCUCCUGCACGCCAUCGCCGCACACCUCGCCCGCACACUCACACGCCCACACCAGUGCGAGGAAGCAAGGUAA